CCCACCUUCUCAAAGUUGAACGCUGUGAUUAUCGUGUAAAUCAAAUCACAAUGGGGUCUAAAAUAUAGCCUUAUGAUUGAACAUGUUGUUCUCACACCAACUUAGAAAAUAAUAGGCCCAUUAUAAGCCAUCUAAUUCCAACGAAAAGGCCGAUAAUCCCAUAAUGUCCGGACCAACACAUCUCGAGCCCUCAGAGCUGGGCACCAAAGAAUAUUGGGACAACCUCUACACAGCCGAAAUAACAAACCACACCCACAACCCCUCCGACAUUGGUACCGUAUGGUUUGACGAUUCCGACGCCGAAUCCAAACUCAUCGACUUCCUAUCCGACCCUCCACACUCCCUCGAUCUCGGCCUCGAUUCCUCCCCGAACAAAACCACAUUCCUAGACCUAGGCACAGGUAACGGAUCCCUGCUCUUCGGUCUACGCGAUGCGGGAUGGACAGGGCGUAUGCUAGGCGUAGAUUACUCCCGUCAAAGCGUAGAAUUCGCGCGUCGCAUCGCAGAGUCCCGGAAGAAGCUCGCCGAUGAAUCAGAGGAAGGACUUAACAACGAGGCAGAACCAAUCGAGUUUGCCGAACACGAUAUCCUACGAACACCUUCAUCUGCCCUUUUAAGCGCUGGAAAAGGCUGGGAUGUCGUCCUAGAUAAAGGGACUUUUGAUGCUAUAUCAUUAUCCUCCGAAACUGACCCCACGACCGGCCGUCGGGUAAGUGAGUCUUAUCGAGAGAAAAUAAUACCGCUUGUACGCGGCGACGGUGGUUUAUUCCUCGUUACUAGUUGCAAUUGGACCGAGGCCGAGUUACUGAGUUGGUUUGAAGGCUCUCGGGAUGACGAGACAAGGGAGUGGCGUUUCGAAGAGGUUGGUAGGAUCGAAUAUCCCACUUUCAACUUUGGUGGUGUCAAGGGGCAAACCAUUAGCAGUAUAUGUUUUAGAAAAGUCAGAAAUGCUGGAAGCUAACAAUUGGUUACUUCCAUGGGAUGUAGGCGUGGGUUAGGCUAGAUGAAAACAAGAUACCCUCAAUUAGUAAAAUUAUAGUAAAAUCACAACAAAAUGCAAGUCAGACACCACAACACUAUUUGAUCGAGAUCUAUUAAACUCAUGUUUUUUUCGUCUUUUUUAUCUUACAAUUACCAGACA